UGACACGAGCACCAUGAAGAUUGUUUAAUAAAAAUCGUGUUAUACAUUUUUAUACAAAAAGAGUUCUGAUUCCUUCGCAGGAGUAAAUCAGAGUAGGGUUGUAGAGUUGCACGAGUUCCGAUUGGUCCCGAUAAUACAUACAUAAUACGUAGCUGCUACUGUUAUUCCCUAUAUGUGAACAACUACAUAUUACCUGCAUUUAUUUUUAGAAAAACAUAAACAAAUAUCGCACAGUUUUUGCCCUCGCUGUGAUUCUCGCAAACUUAGAAAUACGUAAAGCAUGUAACUAAAAGUAACUAUAAUUUCUUCUACUUUUAUUCUAAACUGUUCUAAACAAAGGAACGUCAAAGUUGGUCAAAGUAGUGUUCUUAUAUGAAACUUAAAACACUUUUACAUACGAUAAAGAAUAAUAUUAAGAAAUUGUUUAACUAUGGUAAAAUAUUGGUUUCUUUGCGAACUAAUUGUUCAAGUAAAAAGGAACGAAUUCUAGGAUUAAGUUUUUAAUAAAAUUGACGUUUUGACAAAAAGAUUUUGUACAUGAUAAGAGUGACAAGUGAUAAGACACGCACAUACUUUUGUAUUCUUUGAAUAAGAAUAUUUUAGUUGAAAACGACAAUGGACGAUCAACAGUUAAACAAUUUGAUUAAAUGGUUGGAUACAUUUGAUAUUCAAGCACCUCACUCAACAGCAGAGGAUAUAAGUGAUGGUGUUGCCUUAGCAGAUGUUUUGGCACAGAUUGCCCCAGAAUGGUUUACAGCUGUUUGGAGAGUAAAAAUUAAAAGUGACGUCAGUUCUAAUUGGCGUCUUAAAGUUAGCAAUCUUAAAAAAAUAAUUGAAGCCGUAAUAGAGUAUUAUAUAGAAUGUUUAAAUCAACAGUUAUCUGGUUAUGUCAAACCUGAUGCAACUAGAAUCGGAGAACAUUGUGACAAACAUGAAUUACAUCGGUUAUUACAAUUAAUUCUUGGAUGUGCUGUUAAUUGUAAUCAGAAACAGCAAUACAUAACAAGAAUCAUGGGCAUGGAAGAAACUGUUCAACAAGCUAUUAUGCAAAGUAUUCAAGAAUUGGAAAGUAAUAUGAAUGGGCCGAGAUUAAGUUUAGGCACCAGCCUUAAUUUUGAAUCAUUGGACAUAGCUGAUGGUACCCAGCAAAGAUUAUUAGCAGAGCUUCAAUUAACUGCUGACAUGAAAGAACAGUUAGCACAAAGGUGUCACGAACUUGAUCAACAAUUGUCACUUCUGCAAGAAGAAAAAGCGGCAUUGGUUGCAGAAAAUAAGAAGCUUCAAGAACGAUUAGAUGAAUUUGAAAAUCCAGAAGAAAGUGGUUCCAUUAUAAAAUACUCCGGCCUUAGAAAACAGGUGGAAGCACUCAAAGAUGAAUUAUUUAAGGUUGAAACUUCUAGAGAUGAUUAUAGAUUAAAGGUAGAACUAUUAGAGAAGGAAGUAUUGGAAUUACAAUCUAAGCAAGAAGAUUUACAAAAAGCUGCGGAUGAAGCUAAUAACUUAAAGGAUGAAAUAGAUGCAUUAAAAGAGACUGCAGAUAAGGUAUCUAAGUAUGAACUUACAAUAGAGUCAUACAAAAAGAAAAUGGAAGAUUUGAGUGAUCUUAGAAGGCAAGUUAAGAUAUUAGAAGAUAAAAACCUAGAAUAUUUGCAAUCUAAAAUAGACUAUGAAGAAGAAUCAAAGCGAACCAAUAUGUUACGUAAUCACUUAGAAGUUUGUAAACAACAACUUGCCGAAGUUCAUCAUAAAUUAGAUGAGCAAACUAAUAAGUGCGAUAAGCUUGAAUUUGAAGGAAAGAAAAUGGAAGCAAAGUUAAGUACUUUACAAAGAGAAAGAGAUAGGUUGAUUGUUGAACGAGAUGCUUUAAAAGAAACGAAUGAGGAAUUAAAAUGUACACAGUUACAAACUGCAGAAAAUAUGAUGAAACCCAGCACUGACAUUGCAAAUGCAGAAAUGAUCCCACUUGAAAUUAAAGAAAAGUUAUUGUGUUUACAACAUGAAAAUAAGAUGUUGAAACUCAAGCAAAAGGGAAAUGAAGAUAAACUACCUACAGUACAGGCUCUAAUAGAAGAUUCAGAAGAACGAAUAAAAAAACUCAGAGAUCAAAAUCGUGAGGCUAAUCAAAGAAUACUUGAACUAGAAAAUAAAUUGGAAGAGGCAGUGGGGAAUCAGACAAGUGGAGAGAAUAAAGCUGAUAGUACCAACUUGGCACAAAAAAUAACACAAUUGCAAAAUGAAUUAAGAAAAGUGCAUGUAGAAAAAGAACGUAUAAUUCUCCAAAUUGAAGAAAGAGAUAAUUCAUUGCAAAGUCAAAAACAAAUGGUUUUUGCAUUACAAGAAAAGUUAACACGUAAAGAAUAUGAUAUUACAGCGCUUGAAGAACGUUAUAAAAAAUAUGUUGAAAAGACAAAAAGUAUUAUAAAAUGUUUGGAUCCUAAACAAAGCAAUUCGUCUCCCAAUGUAGUAGCCGUAUUAAGAAAUCAAAUUUUAGAACUACGGAAAAUUAAAGAAGAAAUGGAACGAUCUUUGAAAGAAUCAAAAUUAAUUAAAGAAAUGGAAGAAAAAUUAAUGACGUCUGCCUUUUAUCGUUUAACCUUAACAUUACACAGAGAAGCAAUAGAUCAGCGUCUUGCAGCCUUGCAACCUCAGGGACAAUCAUUUUUAGCAAGACAAAGGCAGCCAUCUGCAAGAUUCCACUUGCCUUAUAAUUCUAAGUAAAGAAAUAUAGUAUAAUAAGUAUACUAAGUUUGAUAUAUAUAAUAUACUAAAUACUGCUACACAAUGAUGGAUAUUGGUAAUAAAUAUUGGUACAAGAUUUAAUUUUUACAAAUUAUUAAAUUUUAAUUUUUUAUUUUAUAACUGUAAAAUUAUGAAAGAAUAUUGAAAAAACGGGCAUGUAAUUGUAUAUAUAUGCUUUAUGUACAAUAGUCGUUUUACGUUUCUGCAGGAUAAUAAUUGUGUAUACAGAUUGUGUAUAAAUUUAUAAAUAUAAAAAUAUAUUGUAUUAUGUUCUU